GAAGAAGCCAAUCACAUCCACCCAAUGCUUGAAUUGGCAGAGGAAACUUAUGGCAAAGGGAAUGAUCAUUCCAGGAUCUCUCUAGAAUAUCUAGGAAAAAGUACAGAUAUUAAGGCUUACAUGCUAAAGAAAUGGAAGAAAAAUUGCAGUUGUAGCCCAGCUAAAGCCAAAGAUCUGCUUUUCAGUUUUCUUCCAGUACUGACGUGGCUCCCCAAGUAUAAACUGAAGGAGUAUUUCUUGGGUGACCUUAUGUCUGGCAUAAUUGUAGGAAUUUUGCUAGUUCCACAGUCCAUUGCUUAUUCCCUUUUGGCUGGCCAAGAACCUGUCUAUGGUUUAUACACAUCAUUUUUUGCAAGCAUCAUUUAUUUUCUAUUUGGAACUUCACAUCAUAUCUCGGUUGGCAUUUUUGGUGUACUCUGCUUGAUGGUGGGAGAAGUGGUAGAACGUGAAUUACAGAUUGCUGGGUACGAGUCAAUAUUGGGUGAUUCUAGCAAUUUUUCUGUUACGAAUGAUCUCAUAAAUGUCACAAUGGUGUCUUGGACUGCCAAUGAGACUUCACAGAAAGUAUGUGAUAGGAGUUGCUAUGCAAUUACUGUUGGCGCAACUGUGACUUUCAUAGCUGGAAUUUAUCAGGUUGCUAUGGGCUUCUUCCAGGUGGGCUUCAUCUCUGUGUACCUCUCUGAUUCCUUGCUCAGCGGAUUUGUGACUGGCGCUUCCUUAACCAUCCUUACCUCACAAGCCAAAUACCUCUUGGGCUUAAACUUUCUACGGAGCAGUGGCAUUGGUUCUCUUUUAAAAACAUGGAUAAACAUAUUCAGAAACAUCCAUAACACCAACAUCUGUGACCUCAUCACCAGCUGCUUGUGCCUUCUUGUUCUUAUUCCAGCAAAAGAGUUAAAUGAGCGGUUCAAAUCAAAACUUAAGGCUCCCUUGCCCACUGAGCUCUUAGUGGUCAUAAUAGCCACAUUGGCUUCUCAUUUUGGGAUGCUGAAAGAGAAAUACAAUUCCAGUGUGGCUGGACAUAUACCAACUGGAUUUCUACCACCACAAUCACCAGAUUGGAGUCUGAUUCCUAGCGUGGCUAUGGAUGCAGUGCCCAUAGCCAUUAUUGGCUUUGCCAUUACUGUAUCUCUUUCCGAGAUGUUUGCCAAGAAACAUGGUUAUACGGUUAAACCCAACCAGGAAAUGUAUGCCAUUGGUUUCUGCAACAUCAUCCCGUCUUUCUUUCAUUGUUUCACAACCAGCGCAGCCCUUGCCAAAACUCUGGUGAAAGAUGCGACAGGCUGCAAGACUCAGCUCUCUGGUGUGGUGACUGCUUUGGUCAUCUUGUUAGUUCUCCUUGUGAUUGCUCCCCUCUUCUAUUCCCUUCAGAAAUGUGUGCUAGCGGUCAUCAUCAUUGUCAACCUCAAAGGGGCCUUGCGGAAAUUUGGUGACCUGCCAAAAAUGUGGCGGUUAAGCAAAAUAGACACACUGAUCUGGUUUGUCACUAUGUUGUCUUCAGCAUUGAUAAGCACUGAACUUGGUCUUCUUAUUGGGGUCUGUUUUUCAAUGAUUUGUGUCAUUCUGCGGACGCAAAAUCCAGAAGGACAGCUCCUUGGUCUGGUACCAGACUCUCAAAUCUAUGAACCUCUUUCUGCCUAUACUGGCCUUCAAGUUGAGGCAGGCACCAGACUUUUUCGCUUUGAAGCACCAAUAUAUUAUGCAAAUAAAGAGAAGUUUAAGUCCUUGCUAUACAAGAGGACCGGAAUCAAUCCUUCAUUGGAACUGGCAGCAAAAAGAAAGCUAGAAAAGCAAAUACGUACUGAAAAAUCCGAUGGAACCAGUGGAAAACAGGCAGAAACUUCGGUGCAGCUUGUCACUCAGCAACUCGCAUUCCAUACACUAGUAAUAGACUGCUGUGCAGUGCAGUUCUUGGAUACAGCAGGGAUCCAUACACUCAAGGAAGUUCAAAGGGAUUAUGGGGAAAUUGGCAUCCAAGUGCUGCUGGCUCAAUGUAAUCCUUCUGUGAGGUACUCCUUGAAGCAAGGGGAAUAUGUUAAAAAAGGAGAGAAGCAUUGUCUCUUCCACAGUGUGCACCAAGCUGUGGAAUAUGCAUUGUGUACGUAUAAGCAUAAUGGCAGCUGUGCCUCUGAAACCUAAUGUAAGUAGAAGCUUCCUGUUUAAUGACACUAAUAAUGCUGGGCAUUAUAUAUACUGUUAUCUCACAAAGUUGUAAAAGGCAAUGUUUUUUUCACUAACUGUUGAUCAUACAAGAUUAUAAACAAAUUCAUUUUGCACCUUUCAUUUUGCUCUACUGAAUCAUGCACUUGGAAAAUGGUGAUGUAUCCUAUGCAUGAGUGAUAACUACACACAUAAGUUGUGCUUGGCCGGAAGAACAAAUACUCAAAAGUUUAAUGUGUGUGCAUCACAAAGUGGGCCCUUCUGGUUUGGAUGCCUUUAGGGCCAAAAGUCUUCAUCCCACACUGCUGGGGAGGUAGUGUCACUACCAUUCAGGGUGUACCUUUCAUGGAAGGAAAAAUUCCUGCUGCUUUAUGCUUUUACUCUCCCCCUCUCCCCUUCUAACAACUCCAUUGAUGCCUUUCAGGAAUGCUUCUGAAUUAUGUGGGUGUGUCGUGAUAAACUAUUUGAGAAGGAAAUAUCUCAGAAAAUUGGAAAUCCAUCCUGAUUUGGGGCAUUUAUCCCCACUUUAGAAAUCUCACCCCCACAUUACCGAAUAUGGAAUAAACUGUGUCAAAUUAGGUGGGCGUGGGAAUUGGUGUGUCAUUUGAAAUGCAGGUGGCCCUCAACUUACAACAGUUUGUUUAGUGACCAUUCAAAGUUACAACGGUACUAAAAAUGUGACAACCAUUUUUUACAGUUACAACCUUUCCAGCAUCCCCAUGAUCGUGUG